AUGCCUUCUCCAGCGGCGAUAUGCCUGCGCUUUGCCAGGCGUGCUUCGUUCAACCAGAGCAAGCACCAAAUUUUGCUUGCGCGGACCUUCUCGAGUAGUCUUCGUCGGUCCGAGAUCAACAAGGUGGUCUCGUCAGCCGACCUCGCCAUAAAAGAUAUGAAGUCCAACUCAACCUUACUCGCCGGUGGAUUCGGUCUCUCAGGCGUGCCAGACACUCUGAUCAACGCAGUGAAAAAUAACCCCUCAAUAACGGGAUUGACAGCGGUUAGCAACAACGCCGGUGUCGACGGUGCUGGUCUAGGUUUGCUGUUGCAGUCGAAGCAGAUCAAGAAGAUGAUCGCCAGUUACGUCGGAGAGAACAAGACCUUUGAGCGCAUGUACCUCGGUGGUGAAAUCGAGCUCGAGUUGACACCUCAGGGAACCCUGGCUGAGCGAUGCCGAGCUGGUGGUGCCGGUAUUCCGGCCUUCUACACACCCGCUGCUUUCGGCACAGUCGUACAAACUGGAGAGCUACCACUAAAGCAUAAUUCCGAUGGCACCGUCGCCCUCUAUGGUCAGCCUCGCGAUGUCAAGGUCUUUGACGGAAAGAGCUACGUGAUGGAGGAGUCUAUCAAGGGAGACUAUGCCUUUGUCAAGGCCUGGAAGGCCGAUAAGCUCGGUAACUGCCAGUUCCGCUAUGCGGCCGCCAACUUCAACGGUGCCAUGGGUCGCAACGCGAAGACAACAAUCGUCGAGGCAGAGCACAUUGUUGAGGUGGGCGAGAUUGACCCCGCCGCUAUUCACCUGCCGGGUAUCUACGUGAAGCGCGUCAUUCAGAGCACAACGCCUAAGAACAUUGAAAAAUACACUUUCGCAAAAGAGGAGGGCGAGGAUACCGCUGCCUUGGGCAAGGGUGACACUGCUGCGAAGCGUGAGCGCAUCGUCCGACGUGCAGCCAAGGAGUUCAAGAACGGGAUGUAUGCCAACUUGGGAAUUGGCAUGCCCAUGCUAGCGCCAAACUUCGUUGACCCUUCAGUGGAAGUGCAGCUGCAGUCUGAGAAUGGUAUUCUCGGAUUGGGCCCCUACCCCAAGAAGGGCCAGGAAGAUGCCGAUCUUAUCAACGCAGGCAAGGAAACUGUGACGCUUGCUCCUGGUGCCGCGGUCUUUGGCAGUGAUGAAUCCUUCGGUAUGAUCCGAUCUGGUCGGAUUGAUCUUACUAUCCUCGGUGCCAUGCAAGUGAGCGCUAAGGGAGACCUCGCUAACUGGAUGCUCCCCGGUAAGAUCAAAGGCUUCGGCGGCGCCAUGGACCUCGUCUCCAACCCUGCUGCCACAAAGGUCGUUGUGACCAUGGAGCACACGGAUAAGAAGGGCAACCCCAAGAUUGUCAAGCAGUGCGAGUUCCCUCUCACGGGCAGGACUUGCGUUAGCCGUAUCAUCACCGAGCUCUGCGUUUUCGACGUCGACUUCACAAACGGACUCACCCUAAUUGAGCUGGCAGAUGGCGUUACUGUUGACGAGGUCCGCUCCAAGACAGAGGCACCAUUCAAGGUUGCUGAUGAUGUAAAGCCUAUGCUGUAA